AUGCCUCCCGUCAACUACCGCGAGUACUGCUCGCCCGAGAGGCCAUGCGAGCGAUUUGAGGAUGAGUUCAUGUUGGAUGACUGGCGCGAUGCGGCGAAGCGUGGAGCGCACAUCAUGAAGUUUUUUCACUGGGCAGAGCCCAAAUGUGACUUUCUCGAGUUUUCGACGAUGCAAGAGCAUGCAUACAUCUUUGCUUGCCUCUCAUGGUACCGAGAGGACAGACACAAGGGCAUCUCCACGGCGGACCUGCGGUACCGAGCCGAACGCAGGCUCUGGGACCUGUUCUUCCAAGGCGUGGAGGAUCCUCCCGAGUGGCCGUUCCCAAGCCCUCCCCCAGGCGAAUACCUGUUCCACCCGCGCGACCACGGCUACUCGAGUCUAUACCAGCAGUGGCGUUGGGACAUGUAUAUGCGCCCAGAGGCCACCGAGUUUACCGAGGACAGACGGCGGGAGAUGGAGGCCAGGUUCGUCCGCAACCGACAGGCGGCGGGUGCCCUGAGAGACGCUCUGGAUAUAGAGCUCUUAACGGCAUCGAUGGAGCGCAUCACCCUGGUCGACGCCCAGUUGACCGCCCGGGGCAAGGAUAAGGCCGAGGAGCGCCGCAAGUGGUUUUGGUCCGUGUGCGCCGCUGACUGCGCCGGGUUCUUCGAGCCACCCAAUACGGCCGCGUUCGAGAUUGCCGUGCCGCGCGCUCUCGUCCGCGACUAUCUUGGUGUCAGGAACGGCGCCAUGAUUGGCUACUCUCGUGGCAUGCUCAUUGACUCGCGGCUCAUCUUCCGCUUUGGCAAUUGUGUGCUGUUUCACAAGCCCAUGGCGACUGUCACGGUAGACUUUGCGCCGGAGGCCGAGGCCAACGUGCGCAGCUCCGUCGAUCGGGACGUUUUGUGUCGGGCUUGGAAGGUGCUCGUCGAGUGGGCCACCCAUCUAUACUCUGGCAAGCCCGUUCCGCUCAGCGACUGCUUUUUGGCCGCCGAGCUGGGUGCCACCUUUGACCCGACCACCUCCGUCAAGCCUAACAUGGACUUUUUGGCGCCCCUAGGUGAGGCAUUCGAGGGUGCCACUAGGCUGAACCUCUCUGUGGUGUGUCGUAACUUUAUAAAGGAGCGCAAUAAGGCGCGCGAGGAGAUUACUCGCGUUCUCGAGGCUAAUGCCCAGAGCUCUAAGCUAGCCGACGACCUUAAGGACUGGGUGGAUAAGGCGGACUAUGGCCUAUUGACGCGGCAACAUCGGAUACUCUUGGCAUAUAUUAUAUGUCGAGAGCGUUAUGCCUUACGUAACCCGGCUCUGCCGAUAGCGUUUUACCGUAAGGUAAACGAGGAGUAA